CCCCUGAUACAACCAUGCAAAUCAGCAACGUUUUGUUAGUCUUAAGCUAUGUCAAGUUUGUUUUUGGAUGUGGAUCAUAUGUAAGCCAUGAUCAGACCCCGUUCUGUAACGCAGUUUAUGCCGUCGUCGGUACGGUACAAAGUUCGUGGGAGUCGGAUUUUGAGUCUUCGUUUCGGAUACAAGUAGCAACAAAUAUUAAGGGCGCGGUACCCUCCAGAGGAGGGAUAAUCACAGUUUCCGGUACAGGGAGGAUGCAUUCGUGUGGCCCUACAAGAUUGACUCGUAACAAAGCAUACGUCCUAUAUCUUUCAGUUGACGAUGAUUCACCCUACAAGUUGAGAAUCAUCGAGAAAGAAGAGUACAGCUUCUCUACUUUGCAGAGGAUAUGGAAUUACGACUGCUCUUGCAAGAUUGAGAUCAACCUUCCACAACAAUCAGUCCCUAACAGUGGAAUUCUCGCUAGAGACAAAUGUGUGAUCACAGAGCGAGAAUUGGGUUGUACAUUCCAGAACGGAUACUGCACCAGGCGAAACUCACGUAAUGUGUGUCAGUGGGUUCCAGGCGUGUCCAAUUGCUGAAUGGUGUAGAAGCUUUAAAACUUAAAACAUAAUUGUGGCAUAA